AUGGCGGUGAUGAUAUCGACGAAUGCCUUCGUGAACGCCUCGUUCUUCGACGAAAGCAAGAAUUCUCUGCGGAAACCGGUGUUUCCUCAGGCGUGCUUCAGCUGCCGGCGAUUCGUUCGUCUGAAUUCGAGGAAAUCAAAGACGAAGGUAAUCUUCUGCUUGAAUUUGAACACGAAGGAGGCUGGAUUGCAAACAUCGGCCGAUGGAGGAUUCGGAUUCAAACCCAGUUUCGAUCAGUACCUGCAAAUCAUGGAAUCGGUUAAAACAGCGCGGAAGCAGAAGAAAUUCGACAGAUUGGUCAAGGAUAAAGUUGAGGAUGAUGGUGGUGGAGGUGGAAAUGUUGAUUCGGAAUUGAGAAAUGAGGUUUCUGAUAAACGAUUAGAGUCGAGAAGCGAUGUUGAAGAUGUGAAGACUAAGAGCGGUGAGCCAAAAGAUGAAGGUUUGAGGAGAAGAUACUCGAGGCAGGAGAUUGUAAUCGGAGAGAAACAUAAUGAGAGAGGUUUCAAGAGAAUAACUAAAGAUGUGAAAUGGAGCAAGAGUGGUGAAUCUUCUGCGCCAGAAGCUGAGAGCUUCAGGAAAAGAUACGUGAAGCAGGAGAUGGUAAUGGGAGAUAAACGUAAUGAGAGAGACCUCAAGAGAAAUGAAGAAAGUGGAAUUCAGAGAAUAACCAAAGAUGUGAAAUGGAGCAAGAAUGAUGAAUCUUCAGCGACUGCGCAAGAAGAUGAUAGGAGAAGGUAUUUGAAGCAGGAGAUGGUUCCGAGAGGGGGUUCCAAAGUUGUUGAAGAAUUUAGAAGAAUAACAAACGUUGGAAAAUGGAGUAAGAGUGGGGAAGCUUCUUCAGUGAUUGCACCAGAAGAUGAGAGCUUCAGGGGAAGGGUUAAGUAUCAACGCUCCCCUGAUGCAUCGAAAGAGAUUGUGAGAGGUUUCAAAGGAGAUGGAUUGGAUCUCGUUGCUGAAGAAAGGCGGAUUGAGAGAUUAGCCAAUGAGAGACAUGAUUUAAGAAGAAGCAAAUUGAGUGGAACAAAGAGAAUGGGUGCUAAGAAAGAUGAUGGUGAUGAUGAUAGCUUGUUUGACAAUGAAAGUCCUGCCUUUAGGUUUUCUGAUGAGUCCAGUGACAUAGUGGACAAGCCAGCUACUUCACGACAGGAAAUGGAAGACAGAAUCGAGAAGUUGGCAAAAGUGUUGAAUGGUGCAGACAUCAAUAUGCCUGAGUGGCAGUUUUCCAAGGCGAUCAGGAGUGCCAAAAUCAGAUAUACAGAUUUCACUAUAAUGAGACUGAUCAACUUUCUAGGGAAGCUAGGAAACUGGAGACGAGUUCUUCAAGUCAUCGAGUGGCUUCAAAGGCAAGACCGUUACAAAUCGAACAAGCUAAGAAUCAUCUAUACAACUGCACUAAAUGUGCUUGGUAAGUCAAGGAGGCCUGUGGAAGCUCUCAAUGUUUUCCACGCAAUGCUGUUACAAAUUUCAUCAUAUCCGGAUAUGGUGGCAUACCGUGCAAUUGCGGUCACACUUGGACAAGCUGGGCAUAUCAAGGAACUCUUUCAUGUGAUUGACACAAUGAGAUCUCCACCGAAAAAGAAGUUCAAGCCAACGACACUUGAAAAAUGGGAUCCCCGGCUUGAACCAGACGUUGUUGUUUACAAUGCGGUGCUUAACGCAUGUGUUCAACGGAAGCAGUGGGAAGGAGCAUUCUGGGUUUUGCAACAGUUGAAGCAGAGAGGGCAAAAGCCUUCUCCUGUCACCUACGGCCUCGUCAUGGAGGUGAUGCUUGCGUGUGAGAAAUACAAUUUAGUUCAUGAAUUCUUCAGGAAGAUGCAGAAAUCUUCUAUCCCUAAUGCUCUAGCAUAUAGAGUUCUUGUGAAUACUCUGUGGAAAGAAGAUAAAACCGACGAGGCUAUACAGACGGUUGAUGACAUGGAAAGCCGUGGUAUAGUCGGAUCAGCUGCUCUCUACUACGACCUUGCUCGCUGUCUCUGUAGCGCGGGAAGGUGUAGAGAAGGGCUUAACAUGAUUAAGAAGAUAUGUAGAGUUGCAAGUAAGCCUCUCGUGGUGACUUACACUGGCCUGAUCCAAGCAUGCAUCGACUCGGGAAACGUCAAGAACGCAGCUUACAUCUUCGGUCAAAUGAAGGAGGUCUGCAGCCCGAACCUAGUCACUUGCAACAUAAUGCUAAAGGCUUAUCUACAAGGCGGGUUGUUCGAAGAAGCCAGAGAACUUUUCCAGAAGAUGUUAGAAGAUGGAGAUCAUGUGAAGAGCGGCUCGGAUUUCGAGUCGAGAGUGUUGCCGGACACGUACACGUUCAACACGGUGCUUGACGCAUGCGCUGCGGAUAAAAAGUGGGAUGAUUUCGGUUACGCGUACCGAGAGAUGUUGCGUCACGGUUACCAUUUCAAUGCCAAACGCCAUCUCAAAAUGGUGCUUGAAGCUAGCAGAGCAGGAAAGGAAGAAGUGAUGGAAGCGACAUGGGAACAUCUGAGACGGAGUCACAGGAUUCCGCCAUCGUCUCUGAUCAAAGAAAGGUUCUGCAGGAAACUCGAGAAAGGCGAUUAUGUUUUGGCGGUAUCGUCUCUUGCUGAUCUUAAUGGCAACAUCGAGGAGACGGAGUUACGGGCAUUCUCAACAACCGCGUGGUCUAAGGUCUUGUGUAUGUUUGAGGAAGAUUCGGUUUUUAGGUUGAUGGACGACGUGAACAGGCGGUUGGGUUCGAGAAGUGAGUCUUCGGAGACGGUUUUGGGGAAUCUUUUGAGUUCUUGUAAAGAGUUUAUGAAGAACAGAACACAGAGUGUUGUAAGUUGUUGA